AUGCGCUCGUCCCAAAAUGGCCGCUGCGUUGAGCAGGGCACUGAAGCUUCCGGGUUGAGAACAUCGGCUGUCAGUAAGCAGGGACGCGGUUCCGGUGAGUACGACCCUCUGGCCCAGGUGGACAGCCAGGAGAGCGGGGACGAGGAGGAAGACGAGGAGGAGGAGGACCAAGACGAGAGGAUCGAGGGCGCCGCCAAGCAGCCGCGCGGCAACAGCAAGACCAACGGCAGCGCCGUUCCGCGAGCCAUGGACACCUUCAACAACAACCAGCAGCCGCUGCAAACUCAGGCGGCCAGUGCCAAGGAUAAUGAUGCCGCCGCCGCCAAGGGACCGGCCCUCGACAACGCAAGCAACGUGGAACUGCGCCCCCUCCGCAGCGACGAGGCGGAUGCCAAUGGCCCUGGCGAUUUGCAGAACCCGCGCCAGCAGCAGAGCGGCGCGACAAGGGGCGACGCGGAGAGCGCACGCGGCACCGCCGACGGAAAGGGCCCGGCGCGGAACGAGAGCCGGAGUGGCCGCAUGCGCACGGCCGCCUUCAUCGUGGCGCUCUUCGUCUGCGUCCUGUCCGUGCUCGUCUUCGCCUUCUUCAUCCCGUGCCCCGUUGUGAUGCCCCCACGCGCUGCCUGGGAGGUCGCGCUGCCGGCACACGCGGAGUCCACCAUCGCGGUAGCCAUGCUGCGCGUCAACAAGGACCCCACCCCGGACGUGAUCGUCCUGUACCGCACCCUCAACGACAGCGGUGACGCUGCAGCACGCUGCGCCAAAGCCGGGUUUGCCUCCGGGUGCAUGGAGGUGAUGGCGCUGUCGGGCGUGGACGGGGCCCGGCUGUGGCGCCGCCCGCUGCGCGGGAGGCCCAGCUCCUUGCGCUGUGACGGGAAGCACGGCGGCUCCAAGGCGGAGAAAGGGCGCUGCCUGCUGUCGGGAGAAAUCGGCCCGCUGCGCAGCAUCGUCGCGGAUAACGGAAAGGACAUCUGGGAGGCAUGGACGGGGGCGGAGGACGAAGCCCCCCGGGUGCUGACCCCUCCCCUCGAGGUCGGUGACCUCGAUGGGGACACGACCCCUGAUCUCCUCUUCUGGGUCGCGCCCUCUGUGACCUCAACGAAUGGUUCCUUCCUGCUCCUGUCCGGCUCGUCGGGGAAGCCGAUUGGUUCGGCCGUGUCACAUAACGCCAUCGCCCCGGGAGAGAAGCCACUCCCCCUGCGGCUACUCUUCACGGCGCAUGGAGACGCGUUCGUGCUCAUCGCGUCCGGUUGGGAGGUGCAGGCGCUGUCCCUGGCGGACAUUUACCUGCGCGCCGUCAGCACGGCCUCGCGCUCCACCGUGGCCCCCACCCUGCGAACGCACGCCGCCGCGUGGGCUGGCAUGGCCGACAACCUGACCGGCAUCGUGCUGGUGCAUCGUUCCAGUUUGGGUCCGAUAGAGGCCGUGGUGCCAAUCCCGGUGGGGGCGUGGCGCGGACACCCGGCCCUGCUCGUCGCCGCGGCUGGGAACGUCCGGCUGCUCAACGCCUCCGGCCUGGAGACGCUGUGGGAGGUCUCCGUGUCUCGGCUGCUCAGUCUGCCAGUGUACGGAUUCUUCAACAACGACAGCAUCCCGGAUAUCCUGGUGGAACACGAGUUGGGCCAAGGCCUCAUGCAGGUGUCCGUGCUGGAUGGUUUGUCGGGCUCUGCGCUGUGGACGGCUGCGUUGGGAGCAAGCGGAAGCCGCGCUGCGGGGGUGUCCGUGCUCUCCGUGGUCGGCGGUGGACGCGAUGCCUUUGCCUUCUGGGGCCGCGGGGCGCCGGCUGACUCCGCGAGCGCUGUCCACCAGCUCUACCUGCUGCACGAGGAGAAAGCUCACCUGCUCAUUCCCCUCGCCAACUCGUCGGGGCCCGUGGAAGCGCACGCCACGGCAUUGUGGGACAAAGAGAAAGACAUCGGAUACGUGUUUGUAUCCGCACCGAGUGGCGGCGGUGGUGACGGAGAUCCCCCUGGCGCGUUGCUGCGGCACUUCCGGUUCAGCGACGCCUUCGCCGCCCACGCGGAACCCGUGCCGGUUCCAGGGACGAAGGACCAGCCCGGGACGGAGGGCGGCGAGGGCCUUCAGGAGUGGCUUGGCCAUCUCCAGUUUCAGGCCGUGCGCGGUGACGAUGUCAUGUGAGCGAGAUGGACGACGUCGAAAGAUAUUCGAGACGACGUCUCCCAGCUGCCAAUCGCCAGCUCGCCGUCCCGUCGUUACCCCCCACGCGUGCGGUCCUCUCCGCCCUGACAACCAUGAACUCGUGUGAAAAGUGGGGGGGGGGGGGGGGGGUAGGGGGACACGGAUAGCAUUAAACGAUUUUAAGCAACGAGAUGAUGAAUACGUAUAAGUGCGAACGACGCUGAACCGGCGCACAGUAACUCGCCCGUCUUCCCAGAGGGCUUCGGUUAAAGCUUGCGGGGCAAUAGCUGUGGUCGGCUCGGAGGGCAUGUUAUAGCGAAAUGCGCCUGCAGGGUCACCGCCUCGCUCUUUGCUGACUUUUUGGCAGUGUCUCAAAGUUCAGUUGCGUGCGGUGAAAGUGAGCUCUGUACGUCUAAUACGGGUGGCGGCGGUGAUUUUGGUUUUUCGUUUUGAUUUUGACGAGCGCCCCUUGUGUGAGUGCAAGCGUUGUCAGUGGCGCCGAGUGGCGCACCCUGCGUGUUGGCUUCGCCGAGAUGGCGGGGGGGGGGGGGGCGGUGACGGAUUGACCCGGAGGGAAAACGCUUGCAUUUGCCAAUAUUACUUGAAGUGCAUAACUGCCCUCCUGCCCCGAAUGUUCUCGCCGCUGUGCAUGCACACGCACACGCACGCGCGCGCGCACGCACAACAUUCUUUCUCGCUUCUGGCCCCCUUACACUGGGACAAGCUGCCCCUUGCACGUCAAACAAUCAGCCUCACUGUCCACUUUUCAUUCUUCCAUUCGUUUACCCCAAACUCCUCUUCCCCUCUGCCUUCCCCAUCAUCAACUUCACUACCCGUUCAACGCACUCACUCGUCAUCAACCACUCAUUGUCACUCGUCAUCGUGUAUUUCACACAUACUCGUAUUCAUGUACUACCAUCGUCAUCAACUCAUCUCAUCGCACUGUUCUGCUGUACAAAUAGUGAAUUCUUUGUUCAUAUUAUGAAGCUUUUUGUGUUUAGUUGUCCUUCCCCCGCACCUCCGAUUGGCACAGAAGUUAAAUGUACAUCAAUCAAGGCACUAUAUGAAUUAAAAUAAGAUAACAACCCAGCAACACCUCUACAUUCACACUUAUAACUGUUCCUGAGACCCCCAUUAAUGAAAUAAUGAACAUUUUCUGGCGGGCCACGGCACGUCACAUGUCACCUGCGCAGGCAUUAUGACGUCACGUGAUGUCACGUGAUGUCAUGUCACAGCGUGUGUGACAUGCGACUACGAAGCUGUGCCUCAUCUCCACGCGUUUCACAACUCUUGUUUCUCACCCGUCUCUAUCUCCUGUCUACAGAUGUCUCAUCUCUAUCUCAUCUUUAUCGCUCUUUCAUCUCAGUCUACCGUAUCUCUUUAUAUCUCUCAACGAGCUACGACUCCUCAGGCAACUCCCAAGAGUCUUUGCAGGUCAGAUCUGGCCAGUUGAAGAACGCCGUGUUAAUCCAACACCAGGUAAGAACAAAACGUAAGAGUAAUAAUUUGCUCGUAAAAAUUCCAGCUUGCGUCAAACUUAAAGCCCUUAGGUUGCGUAAAACCUAAAUCGACCCGUGUAUGGAUUAUCUACGAUGCCAAGUCCCAUGGCAAGGAUCUCAUGCUCUCUGGCAUGGACUCCUGAUUCCCUCCACACCUGCCAUGUGCCUGCAUCCGUGAGCCCAAGAGUUUGUUCUUAAACGCCCACGAAAUCUGUCCACCCUGUCCUAAUUAAUCCACAGGCAGGCCAACUCUUCACCCACGGGCUCCUGUCCCAUGUAAGGUUUUAGGGCCCUGCCUUGUUCUCGAUAAUAUUCCUCUGGCUGGGGGCCCAGUUAUUUUUUAAAAUCCAAGUUGAGUUUCUGCCAAAUGCUUUCGACACACCAUAAAGUCCUUUACAGCUGCCCUUUGGAUUUACUGGGCUUUACCCGUGCCGUAAAGAGACUAGCAGAUGUAGUUAUGGGUUUGCGGUUGAUAUAUUUGCGCUGUUUUGAUCUUACGAUGAACACAGUAGGACUGGCACUUGCGCCCCCUCCCCUCCCUGUUUAUGUGUCGAAGUAAGCCGGGUGUCUGGGCAGUCGUGUUGCGUCGUUAAGGUAAUCGCCUUGUUGUGGUAAAGCCACACUGCUGCUGCGUAUCAUAGCUGUUGCCUCAUUACCACCUAUUGAUACACGGUUCAACGAUUUACCCCAAUGCCAGGGCAUUGCCUCUUGAUAUCGCCCAGAUAUCAGAGCAUUGCCUGGAGCGGCAAGUCAAAUAUCAGAUCUUCUCCACGGUCAAAUGAUCACUGGUUGCCACUCAUCUUAUUGUAGCCUCUGAGCUCGUGGCGGAAAUGCCAUUGAAUGGGGCGGAGGAGGAGGGGGGGGAUGCUUUAAAAUAGAAUGUUCGCUGUUGGCUUGCAAAGUCGCGUCUUCGACCACAAAAGGUUACCAACUGGGCGGGCUGCGUUGACCCACCAAGCGGGAUUUUAACUCGUGUGACUUUCCCGGUGAGGGUCGGGUCCUUUGACCCCAGCACGCAAUUCUUUCCGCAUAAACGUACGAGGAGACCGGUGCGUCAACAGCAGUCGCAUAUCGGCACAAUGCUGUGAAGGGGGGGGACGCUGAAUUCACGACUGCGGGUUAUCGAACAGUCCUACUCGGGAGUCUUACAUCCGCCGCUCUAGAAAUGUUGCUGCGGUUUGUUUUGUUUUGCGGCCAGUGAGUUGCGAUUUAGCUUUGGUUUUGCACAAAAGUAUUACCGUAAUUUAUGAUGUACAUUUUUUAAAUAAAGCGCCUCGCUGCUGUCUCCUCGGCGCCCGCUCUCAGUGCGACGCGCAAACCGGAAGGCUCCCGAAUCUGUGCGUUGGACGUGGCCAAGAUGCUCCGUUUUGAGGGGCCACACACAUCGAGGUUGCCACGUGUUCGCGCUCGAUGAGAGCCGAUGAGCGACGAUCUGGCGUCAAACCUUGCCCAAGCGCCCCGUUCUGCAUCUCCACGUCAAAAAAAAUCAUCGUUUAUUCCACCGGCCUCUUGAGCCUUUCGGCAAGCCCUCUUUGAAGGGGCUCCUGGAAGGCCCAAAAAGGUUGAUUUCUAAUUUUUUACGUGGAUAUAUGGAGACGACGAUUCAUGAUUUAACUUAGAAUGAUUUGGCAGUGAAAGAGACCGAGACAAAUGGGAGUCGGCAAGUCGGGGAAUGCCUGACGGACGAGUGUCACAGCAGCAGUUCGCGUGAAUUAUUUACAUGUGCGUUAUUUAUUUUAAAUAUAUAUUUUUUCAGACGGUUUCUUAGAUAUAUUCAGAGGAUUGUGAGGACGCGACCACAGUAUGCGCUUCUGCAUGUGUCUGCAAAAGGCCGGCCAAUCAUCACGUGAUGCGGCCGCCGCUACGCUGGCUCGCUGAAUGAGGUGAAAACGACUUUGGAGAAUAGUAAAUCCACGUGUAACAAGACAACCCG